CCAAUCUUCAAGGGCAAUAGUCUGUCCCUCUAUCCAAUGAUAAUACUCGUUAGUAGGAGGUCUGUCGAACACUGCGGAAAUGUGUUAAACGUUACAAGGCUAAACGAUGUCCUUGCACGUUUGGCGAUUGUUUUUCUGAGGAUUUUAUCAAGUUGAUUUAUUCACGAGUAUGCCUCUCCAUAAAUACCCCCCUAAACUCUGGAAUGCCCUCAAACUAAAAGAGGGGAUCUACGCCCGUCUCCCUAAACACUACCUGAAGUCCCUGGAGCAGAAAGACCCCACUCCGGUCCACUGGAGGCCUUUGGGGGUCAAGUACCGUCUCAGCCCAAAGACGGGGCAGAAGGAACGAGUGCAAGAUGUCCCGAUACCUAUAUACUACCCUCCUCAAUCGCAGAACGGCCUGUGGGGGGGAGAGGGUUGGGUAACAGGGUACAGAUAUGCCAACAAUGACAAAAUGUCCAACCGUUUGACAAAGACGUGGAAACCCCAGCUCUUAAAGAGGGAACUUUACAGUGAGAUCCUGGACCACAAUUUCACCAUCACAGUCACGCCUCGCACUCUGGAUCUCAUUGACGCCGCCUUUGGCUUUGACUUCUACAUCCUCAAAACGCCGAAGGAAGAUCUCUGCUCCAAACUGGGAAUGGACCUGAAGAGAGCCAUGUUGCUUCGCCUGGCUCGCAAAGACACUCAGCUGUAUCCAGAUGAUCCCGUGAAGAGGGAGAAGGUCUACAACAAGUUCAAGCAGUUUGAGGUCCCGGAGGAGGAAGCCGAGUGGGUGGGUCUCACUCUGGAGGAAGCUGUGGAGAAGCAGAGGCAGCUGGAGGACAAGCCCCCUGAGCCGUUGUUCAAGGCUUGCGUGGAAAAGCUGAUAGAGGAGCUGCAAAUCCAAAAACUCUCGGAGCCUCAUCUCACUGAGAAGAAAUGAAGAGUGGAAUCAUCUACCGUUUAUUCUGAAGAACUUGGGUGAGGGAAAGAGUGUGGAGAUUCUCUUCCUGGUGAUGUGUUAUGAAGUUUCUUUUUGAGUUGGUCAUAGGCAGAAACUUCUUGUAUGUGGGAGACAGACGCACAGGAAGGAUGAAUGAAGAAUUUAUUUCUCAUGCUUCCUCUUUUUCCUUUGGUGUAAAUACAACAGCUGUCCGGUGAUGUUCUUGUAUAAAAUCUUUUGAAACA